AUGCGCACGAACACGCAGCCACGCGAUAACAGUCUAAAAGUAGUGAAUUGUCGUUAUGUUCUUGGCCGGUUUGUGCGCUUUUUUUUAUUGUUAAAAAUCCGGAGAAAAACAUAACGUGUCUAUAAAUUUUUAUUUAUUACGAUCAACGAACAAUAUUUUACUUUGUCAGUGAUAAAAGAAAAUGGUUAACACUAUGAAACUAUCAAUUGGUUCGCGAUGUGUCAAAUAUCUCAUGUUUAUCUUCAAUCUGCUCUUCGUUAUAACAGGAAUAAUUUUAUUAUCCAUUGGCGUUGCGAUUCAUGGAGUAUAUCACAGCUAUCAGCAUUUUUUGGAUAAUAAAUUUUUGUCUGUUCCGUCGUUACUCAUCGCAAUCGGUGCAAUCAUCUUCUUUAUCGCUUUCUUCGGAUGUUGCGGUGCCGUUCGUGAGAAUUAUUGCAUGAUUGUUACGUUUACAUCGUUACUAGUCGUUGUCUUUAUUAUGGAACUGUCAGGUGGUAUAUCUGGAUACGUUUUGAGAGCCAGAGCAUCAUCGAUCAUUCAAGAAAACAUGAUAGACACAAUGAAGUCGUACCAGAACAACUCAGAAAUAAAAUACGUUUGGGAUAAAGUUCAAAUCGAUUUCCAUUGUUGUGGAAUGAAUAAUGCGACCGACUGGACGGAGAGUUUGAAUUCGAAAGUCCUUCCUCCAACAUGUUGUAACAAUCAACUGGGAGCAGGAGACGGAAAUUGUACCGUUUCUUCCUCUACCCUACAUAACGAGGGUUGUUACCACGAGUUCCUUUCUUUCAUUAAAUCCCACGCCGUUCAACUGGGCGCUGUUGGCCUUGGUAUUGCCUUUGUUCAGUUGACUGGGAUUAUGAUAAUAUCUGUUGGAACAACAAUUUAUGCAGUUUAUGAAGACUUCUCUCAUUUUCUUGACUACAGUUACGUUUCUCCAGCAACUUUGUUAAUCGUCGUUGGAAUUCUUGUUUUUGUAAUAGCUUUCCUAGGUUGUUGUGGAGCUCUUAGAGAAAGUACUUGUAUGGUUCUAGUGUUUGCAGUAUCAUUAUCAAUCGUCCUUGUACUGGAGUUAGCUGCUGCAAUUUCAGCUUAUGCUCUUCAAGAUGGAAUAAAGGACCUUCUUGCAGAUAAAAUUAAUGUUACCAUGCAUCAAUAUGGAAAAAAUGAAGAAGCUACGGAUGCUAUUGAUUUUCUACAAUCAAGGCUUUACUGCUGUGGAUAUAAUGGAUACGAAGACUGGACGGAAAUUAUGAAAGAAAAUCAUAUGGAUCUCCCAAAAUCUUGCCGACCAUGGGCAGACAUUAAUGAAAACACUACCUCUACAAUUGAUAACGAUGAAAUUGCUUUUGCUCCUUAUGCACCUGGAUGUAUUAAACACCUUUCAGUUAUUAUUUACAGGAGUGCACUGUAUAUUAGUACCGGCGCUGUGGCCAUCGCUCUUAUUCAGUUGACUGGAAUAAUGUUUGCCUGCAUGUUAGGCCGAGCAAUCAGAAGGCAGAAAACCGAGAGGGAAAGGCGUAAAUGGGAAUUAAGAGAAAGUUUAGUCAAUGGUUAUCAACCAUUAGGAAAAUCAGAUCCUUUCACUACAUUCCCAGUUAUUUACAUGUCCCCCGCUGAAACCUUAAAGAACGCUUAGUAUCCUUUCUUACCAUAAGAAUUUUUAACCAGUUUUUAAAAAUAUUCUCGCCUCCCUAAUAAUAUUUUUCAUUUUUUAAAAGUAUUUAUGUAUUUCGAUCGUUUACAAUUUUGAAAAUUACUAAGUCUACAUUGUGAUCGAACUAUAUUAUUCACUUUUGUAGAUUACUCAUUAAAAUUUUAUAGAUAUAGCUAAUCCUAUGACUUCAAAUUCUUUAUAAUAAUAAUUGUAACUUAUGCUACGUUAUAUUUUUAUAUAGAACUGCAAUUGUAGGUAAUGUGUAUGAAGAUUUAAUAUAUACAUUUCUGUAAAUACAAUAAAAUGUAUACUUAAAUAUUUCUUACAAUUUUUUUUUUAUUGGAAUAAAUUGUUUUUUAAUUUUUAUUUGUAUGUCAUUGAAAGAUUAAAGUUCGUUUGAAAAUCUCU